GUGUCACUUUAAGCAUCUGUUUGUUUCGCGCUCAUUUUUCUCAGGCUUGUCCCGCGAUUUGGUAACAGCUACAUCAUUUUAUUCGCUGCCUUUUACGAGAAAAGACGUGUUAGUCGAUUUGUUCACUAGAUUCAUUUUUCUAAGUUAUAUACUCUAAUAAAACCCCAAGAUGUUCGAAGCUCGUCUUGUUGCCAGCACUACGCUGAAGAAGGUCCUGGAAGCUAUCAAGGACCUUCUGAACGAGGCCACUUUUGACUGCAGUGACUCUGGAAUUCAGCUUCAGGCCAUGGACAACUCUCACGUAUCGUUGGUUUCAUUAUCCCUUCGUUCGGAUGGUUUCGACAAGUACCGUUGCGACCGAAACUUGUCGAUGGGCAUGAACUUGGCCAACAUGUCUAAAAUCAUGAAAUGCGCUAAUAAUGACGAUACGGUGACCAUGAAAGCUCAGGAUAAUGCGGAUACGGUUACGUUUAUGUUUGAAUCCCAGAAUCAAGAGAAGGUUUCUGACUACGAAAUGAAGUUGAUGAACCUUGAUCAGGAACACUUAGGAAUCCCGGAAACGGAUUAUGCUUGCAUUGUACGGAUGCCGGCCAUCGAAUUUGCCCGUAUUUGUCGAGAUUUGUCCCAGUUUGGUGAAUCUGUAGUCAUUUCUUGCACUAAAGAAGGUGUAAAAUUCUCCGCAUCCGGUGAUGCCGGAUCAGCUAAUAUUAAACUGGCACAGACUUCCUCCGUGGACAAGGAGGAGGAAGCGGUGGUCAUCGAAAUGCAAGAACCAGUAACGCUCACGUUUGCCUGUCGGUACCUGAAUUCCUUCACUAAAGCUACGCCACUCUCUAGCCAAGUGCAGCUGUCUAUGUCCGCCGAUGUUCCAUUGGUGGUAGAAUACAAGAUUCAAGAUUUAGGACACAUUCGGUACUAUCUGGCACCGAAAAUUGAGGAUGAUGAGAAUUAACUUAGGAUUUUUUUUGUAUUUUUUUUUUCUGAUACCGAUCUGCAUUGCAAGACGAAUAGAUUUAAGUAUCUUUAUGUUAUUAAUAAGGAUAAUGUAA